AUGCCACGCACCAAGCCCUCCUCCACCUCCCCAGGUCGCCCGGCUCCUCCUUCUGCCUCGCCCCCUACACCCGACCAUCCCACGUCAGCCACUCCGGCUUCGACCGUCAAAGCCAAGAAGGCUGCCGCGAAGGCGCCCAAGCGGAAGAGAGACGAGCAGGACGAUGAGGAUGACGAGCGAGCAAAAACCAAAAUCAACAAAUGGACCAAGGACGAACGGCUUCUUCUCCUGGAGCGCGCUAAUGACAUUGUUCGCCACAACCUCUGGACGGACUUGAAGACGGACAAUCGGAUGAAGGUCAGGCAGCGGUCAGGGGUAUUGGCGCACUGGGAUGCUUUCAUGAAGAAGAUGGUCAAGGAGGUCGAAGGGCAAGCGUGA